CCUCUUUUGUGCGUCGCGGGGGGGAGGGGAAAAAAGCCCCCCCCCGGAGGGAAGGUACUUGCGCUUGCGCGUGGACGAGCGGUGUGACGCUGACGCGGGGGGGGGUGAAGCGCGCGUUGUGUGGGGGGAGGAGGAAAGGGCGGGUCAGAGCGUAACGUAAGAGCGUGAACCCUUCCCCUCCCCCUCCAUAGAGCGGCACAGGCGGGCGGUGUGACGCGCGCGUUGCGGCAAAGGGCAGGUCAGAGCGUAACGUAAGAGCGUGAGCCUCUCCCCCACCCCCUCCAGAGAGAGCGGCGCAGGGCACGUUGUGACGCAGACGGACAUACACGGGGGGAGGGGUGGGGUGAAGCGCGCGUUGCGGCAAAAGGGCGGGUCGGAGCGUGACGUGGAGCGUCAACCCCCCCUUCCCCACGCCUUCCGAGAGGGUGGUGUGACGCGGUCGGGGGGGGAGGGGUGAAGAGCGCGUUGUGGUGUGACGUAGCGUGACUACCAACUCCCCCCACUCACCACUGUGCCCCUCCCCCUCCAGAGAGGGAGAGCUGCGCGAGCGUGCGUGCUGUGUGACGCGGACGCGGGGGGGUGAAGCACGAACCCCUACCCCUCCCCCCCCAUCUCCCCGACUGCUUGGCGGUGAUUGCGAGCGGUGUGACGCGGACGCGGGGGGGUGAAGCGUGUGUUGCGGGAAUUCCCCCUCCCUCCACCCCUCCUCCCUCCCCUCCCCCCCCCCCAACCUCCCGGCUGCUAGGAGAUAGACAGAGAGCGGCGCGAGCAGCAGCGGCCGGGAAAGAGAGCCGCAAAAUGGCGGCGGCAGGAGGCGCCGGCGGCGGUAAAAUCAGAAACAAGCGGCACCACAUCAUCAGCAAACCGUACGCCAAGAACCAGGGAAUCAUUGGCAGAGUUACAGAUACUGUGAAGAAUAUAGUACCUGGAUGGCUGCAGAAGUACUUUGGGCACACUUCCAAGGUGGAACCAGUCGAAGCAAAAAGAUCGAUUGACAAUCAUGAUAAUGAUCCAGCCCUUGUAAAUGAGACCCUGCUAUUUGAUAAUAGAAGACAUAAUUCAACAUCUGCAACCAACAAUACAGCAGUAAGCCCACCAUCAAGCAAAACUGCUUUAAAUUUCUCAGACAUGCUGCUACUGCGACCCGCUCUUCAUCGAACCCACUUUAAUUGUGCGGCAGUAGAUACACCAGCACAUGAUUGUCAACCAUCCACGUCCGCUUCAUUUCCCAUUGGCAAUUCAGGAUUCUCACUGGUAAAGGAAAUCAAAGACACUGGUUCUCUGCAUGAAGAUGAUAACAUCUCCACAACAAGUGGUUUCUCUUCCAGAGCCUCUGAUAAAGAUGUGAUAACUUCAAGGAAUGCUUCUUUACCGCCCUUGUGGUCUCCAGAGGGGGACCGCUUUCAGUCAGUCCCCCAACAACCUGCCACAAGCCUGAAAAGGCCAUCUUUUAAUCUCUCAGCUUUCGGAAGUUCGCCUCCAUCUUUUAUCAGUACGUCAUUAUUAAAUACAAGCCAACUUGGGGAUUCCCCUUUCUACCCUGGCAAGACUACAUAUGGUGGAGCUGCAGCAGCAGGAAGGGCUCCUCAAAUGCGAGGUACACCGUAUCAGGUUCCAAUAAGGAGACAGAUGAAAGCAAAACCAGCAAGUUCGACAUCUUACGGAGUCACAAGUGCCACAGCCAGACGCAUUCUCCAGUCUUUAGAAAAGAUGUCGAGUCCCUUGGCAGAUGCUAAAAGGAUUCCAUCUGCAGCAGAAUCUCCAAUAUCGACGCCUUUGGAGAGAAGUACCAUAGAUCUGACUGGAUGGCAGUCCAAGUUGAGAAAGGUAGAAACCCAGUCUCCUCCUGUCCAGAAACUUCAGACUCCUACAGUUGUUACGGCAAAUAGAUCCAUGUUUUACAAGCCAUCUCUUACCCCCGGAUGGCAGAGUAAUAGACAUAUUAACAAGACUGAAGUCCGAAACAAUAGACUUAAGGAAAAGUCGCCUGUACCUUCUGAAGUAAGCCUUCAAGCAGCAAAAAGUGAUACAAGCUGCUCAUAUCAAGCAACUGUUUCUCAUGCAACUAAUGGCCUUGUGUCUGGAGGAGCUGGAGGAAAAAUGAAGAGAGAAAAGGCACAUUACUCAUCAAGAGCGGGAAAGGAGGUCCAGGUCCCAGCCCUUGUACUUCCCGAAAUAUCUUUGCCAAUUAAAACUACGGCAUUGCCUACUUUCAACUUUGGCUCCCCGUCUGCUGCACCCUCACCUAUAACACCAGCAGUAACAAAAACUCUUUCUAGCAAGGCUGUGGUAUCCAGUCCAAACAGUGUUGCCUUUACCUUUUCUACACCGAAUAUAAAAGCUACAGAAACAAAUCUGCAACCUGUUUCAGUGUCUACCGGAUUUACCUUCAGUGAGCCGAUUGACAAAUCAGUUCCAUUCAUUUUUGUAUCUGCUAGACCUUCCAUUAAUGCAGUAAAAUGCACCUCAUCGACUUCAGUCCCUCCAACUUCAAAGAAGGGAAAAGAUGAACAAUGUGAUGGGCCAUUUAAACCUGCUAAAACUCUGAAGCAAGGCAGUGUCCUGGACAUCUUAAAAGGUCCUGAGUUCACUUUGCCUCCACCUUCUACUCGAUGUGCGGUCAACUCGUUGACCAGUAAGCCAGUUACUGUGAAACCUUUGCCAUCGGCUAUUGGAAAGUACAGUGCCUCCAAUGAGAGCUCCGGCACAUUUGGAUUUGGAGAUAAGUUCAAACCAGCGGAAGGUUCGUGGCAAUGUGGUUCCUGUUUCUUGCAAAACAAAAGUACGGAAAGUCAAUGCGCGGCUUGUCAGACUGCUAAAUCUGCGCAUCCCACACAGACUAACGUUGAGUCGGCCAACAGCAGCAAAGCUUCUUCUAUAGAGACUCCAUUGAGUUUUGGGGGAAAGUUCAAGCCUCCGGUGGGUUUCUGGUCCUGUGAUGUCUGCUUUGUUCAAAACAAUUCGGAAGCUGUCAAAUGUGCAGCCUGUCAAACGACAAAACCUGACACUGGAGUAAAACCUGCACUGAGUUUGCCAACGGUAACUGAAAGAACAAAAAGAAUGGAGUUCAACACUUCCAGCAGUACCACUUUGGGACUAGCGGAUCAGUUUAAGAAACCUGAAGGAGUUUGGGACUGUGCCGUUUGCUUUGUGCAAAACAAGCCUGAGGUCCUUAAGUGUGUGGCUUGUCAGUCUGCUAAACCAGGUGUUGUUUCCAAUGUUCCUGUUUCAGCUCCAGCAGGAGCAGUUGUAGGAUUUGGUGACAAAUUUAAGAAACAACCAGGGAUCUGGGAUUGUGAAGUUUGCUUUGUUCAGAACGCAUCAAAUGUAAAUAAAUGUGUAGCUUGUCAAACAGAGAAACCAGGCAGCAAGACUGGACCUAAAGAGUCCGAUUCUUCUGCGGUACCAGCAGUUACUUCGUCAUUCGUAUUUGGCAUCCAGUCGUCAACAACAGACUCUUCGCAAAGUACCAAUGGUGCUCCGGAAUUUAAGUUUGGAAAUCAGGGUGGUUUUAAAUUUGGUGCGUCUGAUUCUAAUACAUCAACUGGUGCCUUUGGAGGACUUAAGUUUGAGGCCACUGGAGGCUUCAGAUUUGGAGUUAAUUCAACAGAGAAAACUACAGAUGGAAAUAAAGAGAAUAAUUCAAAAAAUACAUCUGGGUUCAACUUCGCCUUUGGUGGCAGCCCAGCUUCAGCUUCAACUGCUACCAAGUUUGUUGGUUCGGAUACAAGUCAGCAAAAUAAGAAAAACGACGUGCUAUUUGGUGGUUUUAAAUUUGAUGCCAGCGGAACAAAUGUUCAACCUGAGAGCAAGAGUACACAGGGUGGUUUUAAGUUUGGGGCUGAGGAGAAGAAAGAGAUCCCAGCAGUGCAGUUUGAGCUUGAUGAAACAGAUAGAAAGGAUGGAGGGAUCGAGAAUAGGGCUAAGUUCGGCAAGACAGACAAGGAACCUGUAGCUGCUUCAACUUUUAUGUUUGGGAAACCAGAUGAAAAACAAGACUCUUUAAGCUCUGCGCCAUUUGCAUUUGGUAAGAAGGGCGUUGAAGCACAGCCGCAGUCAGAACCUUUUAAACCACCGGAGCAAACCAAAGAAUCAGCGUUGUCGUCUGAUAUACCAAAACCAGAACCUAAAUCUGGAUUUGCUUUCAACGUGGUUAAAUCAGCCGAGAAACCAGAGAUGAGAUCUAUGUUUGGCGCUACAAUAAAUACUUCAGAACAAGAUGUUACAAAGCCGCAUUUCAACGUAUUUGGCAGCAGUUCUUCCACAUCUGCUGGAACAAAUGUGGGGGACGCCACACCUUCAGUUAUAUUUGGUAGUUCAGCGCCCACAGCAAGCGCACCCUUUCUAUUUGGGCAGGCCGGUGCCCCGGCGAGUGGCAGCAACCUUGGAAACAGUUCUGAAUCGACUGUUCCUGCAAGCCAGCCAUUUUUAUUUGGGUCACAAGAUGCGUCAGCUGCCAGUACAUCAAGUACAGGGGCUCCGACUGUACCGUUCCCAUUUGGCUCUGCACCCAGCAACAACACUGCAACUUCAUCUGUCUUCGCUUUUGGAGCUUCAACUACAACUUCUAAUUCCACAGGUGGCUCUUCAAACCCCAUCUUUGCCUUUGGAUUGAAUUCUACAACUGCAGCCAAAGCCCCAGCCUUUGGCAAUACACAAGCCCCGGUCCCUGUGUUUGGACAAAGCAGCAGCCAGCCACCUGCUGCCUUUGGAUUGCCAAGUGCACCUACGUUUGCAUUUUCUGGUUGUCAGCAGCCUGCCUUUGGGUCACAAUCUACCAAUAGUCAACCAUCCCUAUUCGGAGGACAGCUACCCAAGCCACAAACGACAUUUGGCUCGACUUCAUCUACCUCGAGUAACAACUUCCAGUUUGGAAACAGUGGACCUGGUUAUAACUUCAGUGCCACCAAUUCAUCAAAUGAGGUAUUUCAGUUUGGAAUGGCUUCAACAGGAGCACCCCAGCCGUCUGCCCCAGCCAGCGGCUUUCAGUUCAAUCCAGCUCCUGCAUUUCCCGUUGGGGUUGGUGCCGCCAAUCCUUUUUCUGCAACGUCUGGUGGUCGUUCUACCGUUACUGGUCGUAAGAUAAAGACUGCUGUUAGACGCAAGAAAUAAUUGUUACAGCUGUUUUAAAAAGCAGAGCUAAUUAUUGAAAGUGUAUUUUCCAUAAAGAGCUGGUGCCCUGCAUUAAUAAUUGAGUUGUACCUCCUUCUGGGCUUGUAUCAGAUCUACCUAGGACCAUUUGAACAUGCAUAUAAUUGGUCGCUGCUUUUAGUUGCCUGGUGAUGGGUGGACUGUAGAUUUUUUUUUUUUUUUUUUUUUUGGUGAGAACCCAGCAGUGUCAUUAGUUAAGGACUUGGCAUGGUCUGGCUACAAACAACUUGCAAAGUGAAUGGCUUUGUACAUUGAUACCUCUUCAUCCGCACCACUAGAUAUUGUUCAUAACCCACCUAAUUCUACUGAAAGGUUGUACAGACUGAAGAGCAUCAGUGAAAAUAGGGCUGAUAAUUCUGCAAAGAUUUCAUCGCGGUAUGUGUGAAGUAUGUGAAUGUGUAGAUGUUAAAUGGAUGGCCUAUUGUGCACUGAUGUUUUCUGACUGCAGAAUGAUUGAUGAAUCAUACUUGGAGGACAUUCAAAUGAACUGUCUUCAAUUCAUAGAACAUGUGCUUUUUUAAAAUCUGUUUUGCUUUUUUGACUUUUCAUUUAUUACAAACUAUUAUGUACAUAUCCUAUGAUUUUUCAGUCAAUCUACUAUUCUUGGACAAAAACCAAUCUGUGAACUUGAAUUAUUUUUUUUGUUAUUAGCGGUAUGUUUUUUGUUAAGUAUUGUCUAUUAGAAGAUUUUAUUAUGUAAAUCUCAUUAUUCAAAGUUGCCUGAAUCCAUUUAACAUCUUUUCUGAUAUACAAAAUUGGGAACUCUUUAAAGUUUGCGUAUUGGCUUUUGUGAUCCACUUUUGUUUGGACCAAAAACAGUGUUGUACAAAGUAUUAACUAUAUUUUUAUAUUCAUUUAAAUGGACUAUGGUGACUUUGGAUAAUUAGGAGAACAAUUUAAUAUUAAAGCCAUGUUUAUUACUGUAUGAUUAACAAAACCAUGGGAUAAAUGCCAUCAAUAAAAAUGAAGAAAUAGUAAAAUCA